AUGGUCCGGUUACUGCUACCUGUGCUGGCUGCCUUCCUCAGCUUUACACCAGCUUGGCUUCAAGAUCCGUGUGUUAACAAUACUGUGUUAUUGAGUGACAGCACUAGAGGCUCGAAUCACGUACAGAAACCUGAUCAGAUCAUCAACGGCUUUUGUGACAUCUCCCUCAAGCCGGGUUGGUACCGGCUCAAGGUGGGCAGCGACGAUGUAGACCUGGCUACCUCUGCCCCCAAGCUAGGCUCAUGUAAUACAAGAUUUCCUAUCUGGAUGAGAGGAACAAUACCAGCUGUUCUCAACCAACAGAGGGGAUUGACAGCGUGCAUUGUGGCAUCACCAAACAACCCAUGCGCAGUGAAACUCCCGAUCAAAGUAAAGAACUGUGGUCAAUAUCGAGUGUACGAAUUAAAACCAACACCGUUCUGUACGGCUGGGUACUGUUUUGAUCUGAAAGCCUCAUGUCCACGGGGGACAUCUUCGGAGACUGGCACUCCGCCAUGUUCAAGUAAUUUCCCUACCAUCGAAAUUAAACCAGAAGUCGCCCCACUCCUGGGGAAAAGCACAGUUAACACCGCGUUUGAAGACUUACGCUUCGACUGUAAAUUUAUCUCCCCAAACCCAAGUUAUUUCUACGACGUCGUUUGGAGAAUAAACGGAGAUGAAGUGGCCCGGAUAACCCAGAAGUCCGGAGCUGAUCUGCCUGCCGCCGCUCAGCUGCUAGAGCCGAUGUGGACUGGCCAAUACAAGCUUGGCAUGAACGUCCAGUGUUCCGUCAGAGUUCGCAACUCGGCCAAUGGAGUGCCCAGUCCGGAACACCACAGUCAACAGUUCUUCGCCGGACUGAAGGUUUUAAAUCCAGUCGUUGAUGUGAAGGAGGGAGAUCCUGUCAUUAUUCGGCUCCAAUCCACCGUGCCUGUUCCCUGCCAAAUUAACUCUCCAUUUCCGUGUAUUGUUCGCUUCAUUGACUUGAAAACGGAUGUAAAUAAUGGGUGUAAGACAACAGAAAAAGGGAGCUGUGGAUUUGAGCUGACCGCAAAGAACUGGAUGGCCAUUCACGAACUGACAGUGACAGCGAAGUUCGACGGCAUGUUCGGUAGUCGCAUAAGCCAACUGUUCCUGACCUCAACACCCCCAGCCUUCAGUGCGCCCAACCACGUGUGGGCUGACAUUAACAUCAUAGAUAAAGACGCUCUGACUCCAGGAUCGUACUGCACAAUACGUGACGACCCCCAUUUUAGAUCAUUUGAUGGAAGAUCAUUUGACGUGCAACUGCCCGGCGAGUUUGUGUUGUACCGCCACAAGACCUUACCUAUAGAGGUGCGAGGAUUUUUCCAGCCUUGUGGGACUAUCCCACGUUGUAUUUGUGGUGCGGCUGUUAGAUCGGGCGAGCAGAUUUUUGUGUUUUCUACCUGUAAAGAUAACCUGGCUUACCAGACAACCCGAGUGCGGGUGUACGGCUGCAAUAGGAACCAGAUGAGAGUCACCACACCGGAUAAAGGCACUAACUACAAGGUAGAACUGCCUACUGGUUUGGUAGUUGAGAUCAGGAAAGGUUACGUCAAGAUCAUCCCCUCCCCGGCUGACGUGGGACAGGUGAUGGGGCUGUGCGGGAACUUUAACGGGGAAAAGAAGGACGAGUACAUAGACCCAAAUGGGGUCCAGCACAGCAAUGACUGUGACUUCCUUUUCGUGAACGUGUUUUGUGUGGUCAAUAAGUACGGAGAGACAUGGAGAAUUAAAACCACAAAGGAGUCGUAUUAUGGUUAUCCUGAUAUCGACCUUGACCCAGCCCAGGUGGGUCAAUGUUCUUGUACCAGUCAAUUUGGACAGGUGUCAAAGAAUGUGAGCUGUAGCAGGGUGUCCCCCCAGCCGUGCGGUACUCUUGACCCCGUGGUGACGGAUGAGUACUGUACUCAGAUUCCACAGUCGUCAGCCGGGCGGAGAAAGAGACAAGCAGAAAAUAGCGAUGGUUUGAAUGACGACGAUGUCAGGCCUGUUUUCCCGUUGUACACGAAUACCCAAUUUACGAUAUUUAAGAAUUACAACAAUGUAGACGCAUUCAUGGAUGCAGUGUGA